AUGAAGUACCUUUGCGCUAUUCUCUCCGUGGGUGCGUCCCUUUUUGGACCACUAAUGUUCGGUUUGACUUCGGGCUUCACUGGUCAAACUAUCGAUACCAUGCAAAAUGGAAUCACAAUGAGUGAUGGUACACCGGUGCAAAUCGGACCCGAUGAUCAUCUUUGGGUGUUCACUAACUCUACAGAAGGUUCUUUGUUCGGUUCAUUGGUUAACCUUGGUGCUAUGGGAGGUGCUAUUCUUCUGGGUGGCCCUCUGAUCGAGAAGUUCGGUAGGAAGUGGAUCUUGCUUGGAUGUUCUCCUUGUUUCGUGCUUUGCUACGUAUGGCAGGCAUUGGCUCAUACUUCCUGGCAGCUGUUGUUCGAGCGUGUUCUCGUUGGCUUCGUGGUCGGUGUUGAAUCAGUUGUGACCCCCACAUACAUUGGUGAGGUAUCUCCGACUAAGAUUCGUGGUGCUUUGGGUGCCUGCAACCAGUUGUCUAUCACUAUCGGUAUUCUCAUUGCCUAUGCUCUUGGUCUAGGUUUCAGAACGGAUGCUGGUUCCACUGAUCCUAACGCCAAUUCGAGCACUUUCUGCCAAUGGCGUGAUGUUAGUUGGAUCUACCUGAUUCCCAGUGCCCUUCUUGGUAUCUGUGUGUUUUUCGUCCCUGAGUCCCCUCGUUGGUUGGCUGAGCAUAAUCGUGUUGAUGCUGCCAAGAGAGUCUUGUUGAGACUCCGUGGUUCUAAGACCGUUGAGGAGGAUCCUGAGAUCGUGGAAGAGGUUAAGGCGUACGAGGCCGAGGCUGAAAAUGAUGCCAAGAAUGCUAAGGGCAACUGGAAGGAGACUGCUAAGUGGUCUUGGCAUGCCUUGGGUCGUGCUAAGAUGCAGCUGUUCAUUGGUGUCGUUCUACAAAUUUUGCAGCAGUUAUCUGGUAUUAACGCUGUUAUUUUCUAUCAGACUACUAUUUUCCAGGCUGCAGGUUUGGAUAAUAAAGAGACUAUGGCUCUUGCUGUUAUGGCCGUGCAGGUUGUUGUCACCUUCAUUGCUUGUAUUGUCAUGGAUAUGGCCGGAAGAAGAUUCUUGCUCGUGUUGGGUGCAGUUGGUAUGUGUAUUGCUGCUAUCUUAUUGGGCGUCUUCUUCUUUGAACAAGGUAUUGAUGAUAAUAACAUUCCGGCGUUGGCUCUUUUCGCUGCUUUCUUGUAUAUUGCAUCCUUCUCAAUCGGUGUUGGUGCUAUCCCAUGGUUGAUCAUGUCCGAGAUUUUCCCCAACGAAGUGAGAGGUCUUGCAAGCUCUAUCGCUACCGCUACAAACUGGUUCUUCUCUUGGAUCGUCACUAUGUUUUUGGAUGACUAUAGGCAAGCGAUUACUUACCAGGGUGUCUUCUGGAGUUUCGCUUUCAUGUGCUUCGUCAUGGUUGUCUUCGUCCUGUUGUUUAUCCCCGAGACUAAGGGCAGGUCGUUCGAAACGAUCCAGGCCUACUUUGAUGAGGGCCACAUAAUAAACUGCGAGUGUUUGAAUAAGUACAGGAAUCGUCAGAAGGCUGUGGAUAACAGCAAGGUACAGGAGCAUUCUGACUCCUCGACCGAUAACGACGCCUUGCAAGUCUCUGCUGAAGGUUCAUCUCCAGCUGAUUUGCGAAAGGUGGAUGAGGUUCUCUAA